UCCCUGCUUUUCGCAAUAACUCGGCCUCGUCCCAUCAGAAUUGACGAUAAUAAUACCAUACCCUUCCGAUAAGCCAAACCCUAUCAAAGUCUCGAUCAUCAAUCCGCCGCUACCCCCCAUCUCUCGGCCUUUCCUUCGCUUCCUCAUUCCGAUCCCUAUAUCGAUCUCGGUCUUUUGAGGGCCUUUUCAAAUAAUUACCUCCGAUCAUUAAGAAUACCAUGGCUUCCCGAGCAGGGCCCGCAGCCAGAGGCGGUAUGACCGGCCGCUUCGCGCAAUUCAAGUUGGUAUUAUUAGGAGAAUCUGCAGUUGGAAAGAGCUCUAUAGUUUUGAGAUUCGUCAAGGACCAAUUCGACUCGUACCGAGAAUCGACUAUCGGCGCCGCUUUCCUAACACAAACCAUUUCCCUAGACGAAAAUACUACCGUUAAGUUUGAGAUCUGGGAUACUGCCGGCCAGGAACGGUACAAGUCUCUAGCUCCUAUGUACUACCGAAACGCAAACUGCGCCGUCGUCGUUUACGAUAUCACUCAAUCCGCAUCUCUCGACAAGGCAAAGGCUUGGAUUAAGGAAUUACAAAGACAGGCGAACGAGAACAUUAUUAUUGCUUUAGCAGGUAACAAGCUGGAUUUGGUCAACGAGCAACCCGAUAAGCGAGCGGUUUCGACGGCCGAUGCAGAGGCGUACGCGAACGAGGCAGGAUUGUUAUUCUUCGAAACCUCGGCUAAGACUGCGGAGAACGUCCGGGAACUAUUCACCGCUAUUGCAAAGAAGCUACCGCUCGACCAAGUUAACCCUCGACAUCCCCGACCAGGCCAACGACCGGGAGGCGUGAGUCUGGCACCGGAAGGCGCAAAUACGCAAUCAGGAGGCCCUUGUGCCUGCUAGAGGCGUUUCUGGAGGUUACUGGAUCGCAUCGGGACCUGGUGUAAUGAAGAGCCAGGAGUCCCUCGUGGUAUACUGAUCUUUCUGGUAUUGGGCUAGCUGCUCAAUCUUGUACCGAUGUUCUUAUGGCUUAGAAGUGACUUUCGGGCAUGGAAGCUCGGACAGUUGCUAGAAGGCUGUGAGUCGGAUAAUGCAUCUGCCAUCCCAAUGCGGCCUACGAGAGAGACUGGACGUGUUUAGGAAGCAUGAGGGGCGGGCGUGGGAUGCUCAGGUGUAUAUUUCAUUGGAGUUUCUUGGCAGGAAGGCAUACGU